AUGGGCGUAGAUCCAGGAGCGUCUUCGAUCUCGGUGGCGGUUCGGGUUCGCCCAUUCACAAUUCGCGAAGCAGCGCAGAUCACAAAAUACGAUGAGGGUACAACGUUUCUUGGGGAUGGCUCUCUUGCUGGAGUACCCACCCCCAGACUUGGGCAGAAAGGCAUUCGGCCUGUCAUCAAGGUGCUGGACGACAAAUGCUUAAUAUUUGAUCCUCCAGAGGACAAUCCAGUACAAAAGUUCUCUAGAUCGGUUGUUUCGAAUAUGGGCAAACGAGUGAAGGAUCAGCAAUUCGCAUUCGACCGAGUAUUUGACGAAAACACCACACAAGCCGAUGUCUACGAAGCAACAACAAGGGGCCUCAUGGAUAGCGUACUGGAAGGGUACAAUGCAACGGUAUUUGCAUACGGUGCCACUGGUUGUGGUAAAACGCACACGAUUACCGGAACCGCUCAGCAACCUGGAAUAAUCUUCCUCACCAUGCAGGAACUGUUCGAGAAGAUCGCUGAGCGGAGUGAUGAGAAGCACACCGAGGUAUCAUUAUCGUAUUUGGAGAUUUACAACGAGACGAUUCGAGAUUUGCUGGUUCCUGGAGGCACUAAACAGGGACUGAUGCUGCGCGAGGAUGCAAACCAAACUGUGUCAGUGGCAGGACUUUCAAGUCACCAUCCUCAUGAUGUACAAGAAGUUAUGGACAUGAUCGUCAAGGGAAACGAGUUUCGAACGAUUUCACCAACUGCAGCAAAUGCCACUUCAUCACGAUCUCACGCCGUUCUUCAAAUCAACGUCGCUCAAAAAGACCGGAAUGCAGAUGUCGACGAACCGCAUACGAUGGCCACUUUGAGCAUCAUUGAUCUAGCAGGAAGCGAGCGUGCCAGCGCAACGAAAAAUAGAGGCGAGAGGCUGCUAGAGGGUGCAAAUAUCAACAAGUCCCUUUUGGCAUUGGGUGGUUGCAUUAACGCGCUCUGCGAUCCUCGAAAGAAGAAUCACGUCCCAUACCGGAACUCGAAACUUACUCGUCUUCUCAAAUUCUCUCUCGGCGGGAAUUGCAAGACGGUUAUGAUCGUUUGUGUCAGUCCGUCCAGCGCACAUUUCGAUGAAACCCAGAAUACACUCCGCUACGCGAACAGAGCCAAGAACAUCCAGACAAAGGUCACGAGAAAUGUAUAUAAUGUCAACCGACACGUCAAGGAUUUCUUGGUCAAGAUCGAUGAGCAAAUGGCGUUGAUCAAUGAACUUAAGGCCCAGCAAAAAGACUCCGAGGCAGUCUCCUUUGCCAAGUUCAAGAAACAAAGUGAGAAGCGGGACUGCAUUGCUCGUGAAGGCGUCGUGCGAAUUCGGGCUGCCUUUGAAAACUCGGCCAGCGAACGCCAAGAGAAGGUCACAAAUAUGAAAAAGCUUCGACAGAUUGAACGGCGUAUUGCCAUUCUAUCAGCCUGGGUUGCAGCGUUUGACACCAUCUGCGACUCUCGCGAAGAAGAUGACAUGCCACCAAGUCUGACGGCGAUGCGAAAGACUGCACAGGGAAUCCUUCUGGAGCUUGAGAAUAGCCGGCAACACUACCACCAGCGACUGGACAAGGCAAAUUGGGAGCGUGCAAUAGAUUCAGCAUUGCAAAAUAGCAUCCGCCAAAUCACAGAGGUUGAUGGAGCUGCGGAGGGACUUGAUGUUGCUAGCUUGACCAGGGAAGCUGAGCUUUUGAAAGCUAAUGCUGCCAAAGAGUCGUUACGUGAAGUCCUGGACCAGGAGAAAGUUGGCGAUGCGGACGUUAUGCAAGUGCUGCUCUCGGCCCAAUUUGAAAUCAUUUCUUCGCUCCAUGACAUCCUCAGCAUGAGUCAAGAGGACGCGGUCGAACAUGCGAAGAGCGUUCUCGGACGUUUGAUGCAAAACUGCUCCGCGUCUGUAUCGCAGGUCGUCAAACCAGACGGAUCCUUGAAUAUUACUGAGAAAUUUCCUCCAACGAAACGCGGAACCCCGAAGCGUAAGAAGCCGGCAAAUCUCCACGACAGUCAGCUACGACCUCCUGUAAUGCCAGCUCUCGCAGCUAUAGCACCACAAGUCUUUUCUUCACCAAUAAAGUCUUCGCCAAGAAGACGAAAGGCUUUAAUGGGGAAGAAAGGGGUCUCGUUCACACCGAAGAAGAAGUCACCCUCGAAGCAGCGAAGCGUCAGAUGGCGUGAUGAUACCGAGUCUGGGGCGCUCGCUGAUUUCGAGAAGACUCCCCAGAAAGUUAUUUCUACGCCAGAAGUAUCCUCUGUUGAACAGAGUAUCGUUUUACCUUCGCUUCCAUCUUAUUUGGCCGCAGACCUUUCCAAUGAUUCCCUCGGCUCAUCUCCUAUCCCUGCCGCGCCACAACCGUCUAUUGAUAUCAAGCCUAAGGCCAACCGAUUUCAAGCCGGUUUCCUGGCAAAAAAGACUGAUGGCUCUCCGCCGCCGCCCAAGAUCACCAAAUUAUCAUCGUCUGACACAGAGCAAUCCCCAUUGAGGACGAUCGAUCCCGCGAAUGCUACAAACCGUUCAUCAUUGAACAUCAUGCGGCCCGUGAGUAGCGACGUAACUCCUACUGACAGCGGAAAUAACUCGUCUUCGGAGAGUGAAAGUAGCUGGAAUGUCGACCGGUCAGAGAGUGCCAAAAUUGGACGAGCUCUAAAGCGUGCUGGCUCUGUUUCUCGGACAUCAAACGUCCAUGAUUCCGUCUCGCGAACUCAUCGCCGUAGAAGUCCCACGGCAGCUUCAAUGUCUGGCUCCCCUCCGAAUGAAAACAUGUUCACAGCCAGCCAUGCUAGACGCAUGGUCAAGAGCGAAAAGGAGUCCGCUUUCCACAGCAGCAUCCUAAGCCCUCGGCACCAGCCUAUCGUGAAGAGUAAUAGCGCUCGCCGGACAACAAUCGGUGAGGCACGACAGGCCAGUGGCACAAUGGCAGCCGCAGCAAUCAGACUCAAUGGCACAGUUGGAGGCACACCUAAGUCGAGGGAGAGUGUAGUCGGUGUGAUGGGCAAAGGAGGCUGGCGCUAA